AUGGCAGCACACAGCCACGACGAGAACCGAUUUUAUCACACACUCUUCGCCAAGCGCUGUCUGCUCCAGCUGCUGCUCUCCCUCGCAAUCUUCUUCACCCCCAUCGCCUGGGCGACUGCUUCAGACAAAUCUCUCUUCUCCCUUGGUCUUGCCCUCGCCGGCUCUGCUCUCUUUUACCUGCUGCUGCCGUGGGACCUCAUCCCCAACUGGCUGCCAUUCAUUGGCUGGGUUGAUAAUUUCUUUGCGCUGCUUAUGCUCUUUGGUGGAGGGCUUCUGGCUGGAGUUGGGCUGGCUGUGUCCAUGGAGGAUUGA